UUCCAUACAAAAUUUUUGAAAAUGUGGUUCAAUGAUUACUAGCGCCUGUGGAAGAAAGUGGUAAAUAGAACUCAGUUAGCGUAGCGACAUCUUCCGUCAGAUGGCUUGAACUACCAUUUUUGUACAUAGAAACUAUGGCCAUCUACAUAUUUUUGUUAUAAAAAUGAGUAGCACCUGUCUUUUUUGAAGUCUACUUUUUGACGUUUUGGAAGAAAAGAAUUCUUUCAGAAAAAAAAAGUAUUUUAAAAUGUUUGUUCGAAAUAAAAUAUCGAGAUGCAAUCGUGGAAUCGUUUUGGAUGGAAGGACGUCAAAAUGCCGUCGCCCGAACAGCCAAAAAGUUUUUGUGGUGUGGAGCCUGGAGCGAAAAUCGGAGCUAAUCAUCAAUUAUCUUGGGUUCGGUGGUUGGCGAUGGUUGUGUUAUUCCACAGAAGUCGAAUAUAGAGAAAGUUCUUGUUAAAAAAGCUCAUGGGGAAAAUGAUGAAACAGAAAAAAUCGGAGACAAAGCUUACAUCCUCAACAACGACACAGAAGAGCUCUUCGCAUCCGAUUCAGAAGAUGAAUUACCAACGCAAUCGACAAAAACAGAAAUUCCAAAAAUGAUGAGACUAUCACAUCUAAUCAAUGCGGACGAAAGCGAUUACAAUUCAACAACCAGUGACGAAGAUGAUGAUUCACACCAAGGCUCUCCAAUACCUGAUGAUGCAAAUAUAUUUUUAUCCGAAGUCUUGGACUCUUUGGUUCGUGGAAUUCAACUCAAAUCCAAUCCGGAUUUCUUGAUUCUUGAAAUCAACUCAUCUCGCUAUGCCUACAAUAUGUCUUUAAAGGAAGUAAAUUUCAAUAUCGUCAAAGCGGUAUUCAGUUUAGAUCCAAUUAAAGAGGCAACAACAACAAAUGUCUUAAGUGCCAACAAUCAGGUAUUGGGUCGCUUGGGUAUGGUUGUUUCAAAUAAUAUAAAAAGCGAUGAUACUAUGUUGGAUUGUUUGAAGGCAAUUCAGGAAUACUGUGAAGAACAACCAGCUCUGAGAGCCAAGGUUGCCCAGAUUAUUCAUUAUCUCUAUGAUAAGGAAUUUGUGUCUGAAGAAGCUAUCCGCAUGUGGCACAAUGAGUUGGAUGAUGAUUCAGAGUGGUUGAAAGCACCAUUGCAGAAACUCAUAGAAUGGCUAGGUCAAUCCAGCGAAGGCAGCAGUGAAGAAGAAAACGACGAUUAA